UUUCACUGCCAAUUCUCCGUUUGUCGCGGUCACGCAACGGCCCUCCGGUGACAUCUUUCGCCAUUCUUUGCGACUAUGUGUUUUGCAGCUCAAUAGCUUCCUUUGUCGAAAGGCAGUAGUUAUGUGCAAAUGUUUCGCCUGUUCAGCUGGUCUCAGGGCUCGGUUUGGGGCAUUUUGGUCGCAUGGAGCAUGGACGAAAGCGGGGGCCGGGGUACAAGGCCAGCGCCCGAGCCAGCCAAACUCUCUUUUUGCAUAGUCCUCACGUGACCUUUUGCGGAAACGUAGCAAAGAUGGCCAAGGUCAAGAUGCACGAGCUCCGCAACAUGAGCAAGCAGGACCUGAUUACUCGCCUCGGCAGCCUGAAGGGCGAGCUGCAGCAGCUGCGCGUGGCCAAGGUCACUGGCGGCGCCCCCAACAAGCUGUCGAAGAUCAAGGUGGUCCGCAAGUCGAUUGCUCGCGUGCUGACUGUGUACAAGCAGAGUCAGCGCACGGCCGUGCGGAACAAGAUCAAGGAGGAGAACGAGAAGAAGAAGGGCAAGACCUUCCUGCCCCUGGACCUGCGCGCCAAGAAGACCCGCGCCAUCCGCCGCGCUCUGACCAAGGAGCAGGCCAACAAGAAGCUGGUCAAGACGGUGAAGAAGGAGAAGGCUUUCCCCAGCCGCAAGUUCGCCCUGAAGGCGUAAAUGUAACCGUUUUCGCAAUCUUCAGGCGUGAACGGAAAGGAGGUCCGGAUGUGUCGGUCGGGUUGCUCCGUGGUGACAGUGUAACACGCGUGCCGU